CCCGCCUUCCCUUCCCCUUCCUCUCUAUUUUUCUAUCUGGAACUCCCCAUCUCCGAACCCUAAUCGCCAUAAUGGAAGAGGAGAUCAAGGCCGAAUUCGAGAAGAGCGGCUUCUGUCUGGAUCAGGACGACCAGAUCCUCUCCAAAUGUCUGACGUACUGCAUCAAUUACAAGCUCAGUCCGGCGGAUCUGGUUUCCAACUGGGAAAUACACUAUCUCAACAGGCAGCUAAAUGGAUUGAAGGUAGAAAACGCUCACAUGGAUGGUUUCUUAUCACAUCUUCAAAAUGAGCUGAAGGAAAGGAUUACAAAAGAAGAGCCUCACUUGCAUAUUUACUCCAGUGAUGAUGUUGAUAUGCUUUUAAGUGAUGAAUAUGAUGAUACCAAAGAGAGUUUCCUCAACACUCCAAGCAGUCAGUAUGAAAAACAAUAUGUGGAGAAUUAUACCUCAACACCUGGAACAAAUGAAGGGCCCUCAUCUUCAAAAGAGUCCAAAGUCAUUAGCAAUCGAAUAACUCCUUUUGGGCAACGGAUGAACAAAUUUAUAUCACAGUUUGUUUUCAAUGCUCAGAAUACAGACAAUGGCUUAAGAAAAAAAGAGCUCGAGAACAUGGAAGAUGAUGUUAUUAGAAGAGUUCAACCUAGUGAAAGAUGUUCCUUGCAAGUUCUUCGUUCCCAGCCAGAAUCAGGCUGCAGGUUCAUGUAUGACAGGACAGAAGAUCGGGUUAAUUCCCUGGAAAAUCGGAUUAGAAAGCAUACAAAUGCAUAUGCUGCAUGUGGGCUUUAUGGAGAACCUACUGAUGCCACAUUGGCUUCACAGAAAAAUGUAUUUGCGGUCGGUAUGGUUUGUUGUGACGGAGAAGGUCGUGUAAAUGAGAAAUCUAUCUUGCUGCAGUGCAGUGUUGAGCAGUCCUGUGGGCAGCGUGUACGUCUUGACCUCCAGAACUUGACCCAAUUUUCCUUAUUCCCUGGUCAGGUGAUCGGUAUUGAGGGCCAUAAUCCUAGCGGACACUGCCUGAUUGCAUCAAAAGUUGUUGAUUCUUUGCCAAACUCCCUUGAUGCUGAUCUGCCUCCUGCUAAGAAGCAAGCCAUGGACACAGAAACUCAACCAAGCCCUCCAUCCGAUAAAUCAAGAGUGCUAUCACUGGUUAUUGCAGCAGGCCCUUUUACAACAACUGAUAAUCUACUCUUUGAGCCUUUAACAGAACUGCUUGCAUAUGCUAGUAGAAGACAGCUGCAACUGCUUAUCUUGAUGGGUCCAUUUAUUGAUUCUGAGCAUCCUGAGAUCAAAAAGGGAACUGUUGGGAGAAGCUUUGAUGACAUUUUCCAUGUUGAAAUUCUUAGAAAGUUGCAAGAUUAUACUGAUUAUAUGGGGUCUGCUGCCCAUGUGAUCCUUGUACCAUCCAUACGCGAUGCUCACCAUGACUUUGUUUUUCCUCAGCCUGCAUUUGAUAUUCAUCUGCCUGAAGAUAUCACACGUCAGAUAACUUGUGUUUCAAAUCCAUGUCUUUUCAGUUCAAAUGAGAUUAUUGUUAGCUGCUGUACUUUGGAUAUCUUGAAGCAGCUGAGCAGUGAAGAGAUUUCACGGGCUUCAGCUGAUAUGCAGCCUGUAGAUCGCAUGGGGCGGCUUGCGAGUCACCUAUUGAGACAGCGCAGCUACUAUCCUCUGUAUCCACCCUCAGUAGGAGUUCCUUUGGAUCUUUCACUUGCACCAGAAGCCUUGGAGAUUCCUUCUAUUCCAGAUCUCCUACUACUCCCCUCGGAUCUUGCUCCGUUUGUGAAGGUAUUGUCCCUUGGAGGAGAUGAUAGGGAAGCAAUAAGGUGCAUGUGUGUGAACCCUGGGAGAUUAGCCAAGGGCAUUGGAGGGGGUACUUUUGUGGAGAUUUACUACCAUGGUGAUCCUGACAAGGCAAAUGCAUCAAUCAUUCGUAUCUAGUUUUAGAUGCAAAGGCAUCGAAGAAGUCUCGUGAUUUGUCAAGAGGCUCUAUUAUCAGCUGGAGUAUAGCUGAAUCAGCAAAUUUGUUUUGGAUGCUUGUAGGUUUAGCAUCACUUGUGUCGUCAGGGAAGCCUGAAACCUUUGUUAGCAUGUAAUAUUUGCUUCAACAUGCCAGCUACUCACUAUUAAGAGUUAGGGUUUCAUCAUGAUGGCAACUUGUACAAAGAAUUUCUAAUUUAUAAAGGUAACUCAUUCUUCUUC